AUGGUUGGUCCAAUCACAGUCGGUGUAAUAGGCGCCACAGGCAAAACAGGUUCGUCCGUGGUGGAAGGCCUGCUCUCCUCGCCAACAAACUUUUCAGUGACCUCCCUCACACGAGCCACGUCGGUCGACAACUCUACCAACCAACAAUUUGCCGCCAAAGGCGUUCACAUUGUCGCCUACGAUCUAAACGGCCCCUCCAGCGCCCUCGUCGAGAUUCUAAAGCCGAUUGAUGUCGUCAUUUCCUGCAUCACGUGGGAACACUUGGAUCAGCAAAUCCCAUGGAUCGAUGCUGCAAAGGAGGCUGGUGUCAAGCGAUUUGUGCCGUCUGAGUGGGUUGGCCCGGCACCAAGGGGUGUUAUUGACAUCAAGGACAAGAAACUCGAAAUUCUCGGCGUCAUCCAACGAGCCCGUCUCCCCUACACCAUCAUCGAUGUCGGCUGCUUCUUCCAGGUCUUUGUGCCCAAGGUCCCUUCCGGUCGGUCUGACGACGCACACAUGAUCUACAUCGACCACCGUAUUGUCGGGGAUGGGAAUCAGAAGUUUGGCCUCAUUGACUUGGCCGAUAUUGGCAAAUACGUCGCUCAGAUCGUGUCGGAUCCUCGGACACUGAACAAGCGGGUGUUUGCGUACACCGAGGCUCUCAGCAUGAAUGAGAUGUGGGACACCAUGGCAAAGGCAAGCGGAGAGACUCCCGCCCAGGACUAUAUCUCAGAGGCCGAAAUCAACCAGGUCAUCAAAGAAACACGACAGAGACUGGACGCAAGCCCCAAGCCCGUGACGCACCCGGAAAACAUCAUGGAUAUUGCCAACUACAACAUGGGACAGUAUCGCAUAUCGUGGUGCAUCCGUGGGGACAACACGCCGGAAUACGCCGACUAUCUGGGAUACGCCGAUUUCUGGAACCUGUUCCCUGACUUCCCGCGCGGCAGAAGUCUUGCGGAAUUCUACCAAUACGUUCUGGACAAUGACUUAUCGGAUCUGCCGGGGUAUCCGUACACAGCGGCCGGAGUUCGCAAAUAG